CUUCUGGGUAUUUAAAUGACUGCAAUUGCAUCUUAAUUUUCAAGCUUGACUAUUGACUCCUGAUGCCUAUAAAUUUUGUAAAAAUAUUUAAGUUCUGUGUUAUGGAUUCAUUUAUAGGGUUUAACUAUAUUGCUUGUUUGGAUUACCCAAAAAAAAAAAAAAUUUCUAUGCAUAAUUUUGCUAUUAAAAUAACAGUAAACCCUGUUGAUUUUGUUUAAUAUCAUGGCCCCGAAGCUCCAUUCAAAGUUGGUCUUGAAAUGCAAAAUUUCAUGUAACUCUAGUAGGUCAUUCAACAAUUAAGUUGAGUUUAAUUAGUUUAAGAGACUUUAAAGAGAACCCAUUUAUGUUUUUGGAUGAAAAGAUCGAUGAAAGUAGUUUCUAUUUUAAUCUUUUUUUAUUCUGUGAUCAAUUCUAUAUCACCUUCAUAUGGGUUUGAUCCAUUGGAUCCUCAUGCCAAUAUUACUAUAAAAUGGGAUCUCAUGCAGUCCACUUCUGAAACAAGCGAUGUAAGAAUUUCUCUGUUCAACUUCCAAUUGUAUCGGCAUAUAGAUCACCCUGGCUGGAAAAUGAGUUGGACUUGGAGGGGCGACGAGGUGAUAUGGAAUAUGUGGGGCGCCGAGACCACAGAUCAAGGCAACUGCUCAAGAUUCAGAGGCAAACAGCUCCCUUAUUGCUGUGAAAAGACUCCUGUCAUUGUUGAUCUUAUGCCUGGAGCCCCUUACAAUUUGCAGACUGCUAAUUGUUGCAAAGGAGGUGUUUUAUCUUCCAUGACACAAGACAUGUCCAAGUAUGGUGCCACUUUUCAGAUGAAUGUUGCAGCCUCUACUAAGUCUUCAGACUUUGUAAUGCCUCAAAAUUUCACUCUUGGCCUUGCUGGUUAUUCCUGUGGAAAGCCAUUUGAGGUCUCGCCAAGUAAGUUUUACACCGAUGGAGGUCGACGGCGAACACAAGCUCUUAGGACAUUGAAUGUGACUUGUGCAUACUCUCAAUUCCUAGCUUCAUCAAACCCAACAUGCUGUGUUUCUCUAUCUGCAUUCUAUAAUAACACCAUUGUUCCUUGCCCCAAAUGCAGCUGCAACUGCCAAGAAUUAUCCCACACAAAAUGUCUCAAGUCCGGUGAAACACCAUCUCUGAUUCGACAAAAUCAUGAUCCAAAUGAAGAGCCUCUGCCUGUGGUAAUAUGCUCGCAUCACAUGUGCCCGAUUCGAGUCCACUGGCAUGUGAAACAGAGUUACAGAGAGUAUUGGAGAGUUAAAAUGACAGUGACAAAUCUUAAUGUGAUGAAAAAUUAUUCAAACUGGAAUUUGGUGGUGUUGCAUCCAAAUUUGCAGAGUUUGGUACAAGUUUUCAGCUUCAAUUACAGGGCCCUUGAUCAAUAUGGUUACAUUAAUGAUAGCGGGAUGCUUUGGGGGAUUCGAGAGUAUAAUGAUGUGUUACUCGAAGCAGGCGAUAAAGGGAACGUACAAACGGAAAUGUUACUACAUAAAGAUCCAGGGACCUUCACUUUCAGAGAAGGGUGGGCUUUUCCUAGAAGAAUUUUGUUUAAUGGAGAUGAAUGUGUUAUGCCAUUGCCAGAUGAUUACCCUAGGCUGCCCAACACUGCCCAUUCUGCAUCUUUCACUAUUCUUUUCUCCUUGUUGCUUCUUUUUAUUAUUCUUCUGUUCUUUCAAAUGUGAGUAACCAAUCAUUCCUUAUACUUGUGUAGGAUUAUCAAUGAUGUGGUUUAAUUAGAAAGGAGCAAGUUACCACCUUCUUUAA